CGCUUCUAGCAGCAGCAGCAGCAGAAGAAGACUGCUCGUAACCCGGAAGUGUUUAGUCUGAUAUAUUUUCAAAAUAGAUUCAUAUAUAUUAACGGUUCAGUUGCGCUAUUUAAUUUUAAAAAAUGGCUUCUACAAAAGAAUUAUUACAGAUGGACCUGUACGCUUUACUCGGAGUUGAAGGAACAGCGACAGAGAAAGAGGUCAAGAAAGCAUACAGACAGAAAGCUUUAACCUGCCAUCCAGACAAGAACCCAGAUAAUCCUAAGGCUGCUGAGCUCUUCCACCAGCUCUCCCAGGCCCUCGAGGUGCUGACUGAUGCAGCGGCAAGGGCUGCCUAUGACAAGGUCCGUGCUGCCAAGAAACAAGCCGAGGAGCGAAACAGGAGACUAGAUGACAAGAGAAAAAAGAUCAAAUUAGAUUUAGAGGCUCGUGAACGGCAAGCAGAGGCAGAAGCUCAGAAAAGAGAGGAAUUCAAUAUCACCCGAACAUUAGAAGAAGAAAUUACCCGCUUGAGAGAAGAAGGCUCCAGACAGCUGCAAGAAGAGCAGAGACUGAUUCAGGAGCAGAUCCAGAAAGAGAGGGAGUGGAGGCUCAAUGCUCAGUCCACACAUGCAGAUUUUUCAUCAGCGCCGCAAGACUACAGAAAGGUCACCCCUAAAUUAAAGCUGAAGUGGAAGUGUAAAAAAGAUGACGACACCAAUGGUGGAUAUUCCCAGGAAGUUCUUCAAGGCCUCCUUCAGAAGUAUGGUGACAUCUUGAACAUUAUAGUAUCGAGUAAGAAGAAAGGCAGCGCUGUGGUUGAGUUUGCGACCGUAAGAGCAGCGGAACUUGCCUGCAAAAAUGAGAGUGGUUUGACAGGAACCCCUUUAAAAAUUACAUGGCUGGAGGGACAACCUGCGAACACUGAUCCAACGGCACCCAAUAACUCUUCACAGAACUCCCUGAGCACUGAACGAGAUUACGAGAGCCUGGUGUUAAUGCGCAUGAGGCAGGCGGCAGAGCGACAGAAGCUCAUCGAGCAAAUGCAGCAGGAAGAUGAAGAGGAAGAAACAGUAAAGACCUGAGGGGACACACUCAUCAGCUUUACUUAAACAUAUAACCCUUCAUUACUAUUUUGUGCUUGUUUAUUGCCCUCGCAAUUUGAAUCCUCACAAAUCAAUAAAGUUUUUUCUUUUGGUAAAUGCUGA